CACUUACAUUCAGACGACAUCACAUUGCCCUGAAGGCGGCGCCGACGUCCGUGGCUGACAGUUCGCAGUUUCACGAUGAGCCCCCCUGUGACGAUGGUUCUGGUACUGAUGCUGGCAGCUGGAGUGAGCCGCUCAGCUAAGAUUCUGGGCAUCAUCCCCACGCCCUCCAUCAGCCACCAGCUGCCUUUCCGACUGAUAGCUCUCGAGCUCGUCAGGAGAGGUCACCAGGUCACGCUAAUGACUACAGACCCCAUAAAAAAAAAUAUUCAGAAUUAUUCAGAAAUUGAUCUAUCGAUGUCGUACGACUACUGGAGAACAAAGUUUGAUUUUGUAUCGAUGGCGGACCAAAGUCCAACUGAAACGUUAACGACUUGGAAUCCUUUGGGACUGGCGAUUUGUGAGAUGCAAUUAGAAUCCCUACAGAUGAAGGAUUUUCUUCGGUCCCAGCCGUCGUUCGACGUAAUUAUCCUAGAGAAGUUAAUAUAUUAUUGCUAUUAUGGCCUAAUUCACCAGCUGGGAUCGCCACCAGCAAUUGGUUUCGUGUCUCUGGGUGCUCCUGCUCCAGUACUCUCUUCUUUGGGAAAUCCCAACAACCCAGCAUAUUCCCCCGAUCUCAUGCUUGAGUACACAGACCGCAUGUCCUUCUGGCAGAGGCUGUAUAAUGCCUACAUUAUCGCACUAUUUUCUUACAAUUGGAACUAUGAAGUGAUGCCAAAACAAAAUGAGCUCCUUAGGAGGUAUUUUGGUCCCGAUCUCCCCCCUACGUACGAGAUGGACAGAAACUUCAGCCUCCUCCUUGUCAACAACCACUUCAGCGUCAAUUACCCGCGGCCACUGCUACCUAAUGUCGUCGAGCUGACGGGACUUCAUCUAGAGAAACAACGGAAGCCACUUCCUCAGGAUAUCCAGGAUUUCCUCGAUGGUGCAAAAGAUGGUGCAAUUUACUUCAGCCUCGGCAGCAACGUGAGAAGCACUGCGCUGCCAGAGCAUAAGAGGCGAGCGUUCCUCGAAGCUUUCGCACAGCUGCCUCAGCGGGUGCUCUGGAAGUGGGAGGUGGACAGCCUGCCUGGACAGCCGGAGAACGUUAUGAUAGCCAAAUGGCUGCCCCAGCAGGACGUCUUGGCACAUCCAAACAUUAAACUGUUCAUUACCCAGGGAGGACUCCAGAGCAUGAAUGAAGCAAGUUACUUCGCAGUGCCUGUGAUUGGCAUUCCUUUCAUUGGAGAUCAGACCCACAAUGUGGCUAAGAUGGAACAGGCCGGUAUAGGCUACCGCUUGCAGUUCAAAGACGUCACUACCGAUACGGUUCUGAGUGCCAUUCAUACAGUACUUGGAAAUGCUAGCUACCGAGAAAAUAUGAAGCGAUUCUCAGCGGUAUUCCGCGAGCACCAGGAGAGGUCGUUGGACACUGCCGUGUGGUGGAUCGAAUACGUGAUACGUCACAAGGGUGCUCCCCACCUGCGCAGUGCAGCCCUCGACCUCAGCUGGUGGCAGCUGCUGCUGCUCGACGUCAUCGCAUUCUUCGUUGCGACGGCGUCAAUCGCGAUCUAUUUGCUGUACAGGAUAGCCUGCUAUUGCAAAAGUCUUGUGGCUGUCAAUCAGAAGCAAAAGACUGCGUGAAGCUAAUUUUGGAACGAAUCUGUAGGCGUUUCAUUGUUUUUGACUAUAGCUGGGCCCAAGUGUUAGGCCACAGAGAAGAUUGUGUUGCAAUGUGAAUCUCAGCAAAUGACUCCUUAAUUUCACAUGGCACUGCUAUAAAAAGAUAUUAUUGCUGCUAUACAGACAACAGGAACAUAACCCCCUUUGUAUUUAUUUAUGGAAUGACUGUAUUUUUUAUAAAGUAAACAUUUUUGUUUCGUACUA